AGAGAGAGGGUGUGUGAGAAUACUUGUUUAGUUUCAACCCAAACGUCGCUGACUGCAUUCUUGUCUUUGCGUGCGGCGCGAGCAGAGCAUCGGAGAGAGAGAGAGAGCGAGAGGGACGGAGUGAGAGAGACCUAUGCUACAGAGACAGCGAAAUUAGAGAGUCCGAGAAGAAGCUGAAACUUCACUGCAGACGCUCCAGCACAGACCCCUCCAUGCCCGAGCCGGGAGCGACUCCGCGGCGGAGCCCGCAGGGAGUCGCCUACACCGACCUCCAGCACAUCGUCAACGCCGACGGACUGCACCUGUUCUGCCGUUACUGGGAGCCCGCCGGCCCGCCAAGGGCUCUGGUGUUUAUUGCCCACGGGGCCGGGGAGCAUUGUGGGCCAUAUGACGAGAUUGCACAGAGACUGAAGGAACUGUCCUUGCUGGUAUUUGCACACGACCACGUUGGCCAUGGUCAGAGUGAAGGAGACAGGAUGAACAUCAAAGACUUCCAGGUUUACAUCAGAGACUCCCUGCAGCACAUUGACCUGAUGAAGUCGCGCCACCCAGACCUGCCCGUCUUCAUCGUGGGUCACUCCAUGGGUGGUGCUAUCUCCAUUCUGACGGCCUGUGAGAGGCCCGGUGAUUUUGCUGGAGUGGUUCUGAUAGCUCCGAUGGUCCAGAUGAACCCGGACUCGGCCACACCGUUCAAGGUUUUUCUGGCGAAGGUUCUGAACCACAUGGUGCCCAGCCUCACUCUGGGCUCCAUCGAUUCCAAAUGGAUCUCACGGGACAAGAAGCAGGUGGAGGCGUAUGACGCUGAUGAGCUGAACUUCCACGGUGGCAUGCGGGUGUCGUUCGGCAUGCAGCUGAUGGGGGCGGCAGCGCGCAUCGAGAGGGAGAUCCCAUCCAUCAGCUGGCCCUUCCUGCUCCUGCACGGCGACAACGACAAGCUCUGCGACAUCAGAGGCUCCAAGAUGAUGUACGAGAACGCUCCGAACUCAGACAAGAAAAUCAAGGUCUACGAGGGAGGCUACCACGCCCUUCACCACGACCUCCCAGAGGUGGCCGAGUCCGUGCUGAAGGAGGUGACCAGCUGGAUCACAGAGCGCCUCCCCGCUACGACAUCACCAUAAACGCACCACUCCUAGAAAAGUGACUUUGACAACCCAUUCAGCGCUCCAAGGCAACUGCCAACCUAGUCCCAAGAGGCCUGCUCAUUUUCCAGUAGUCCGUCGGGCAUAACACUACUACUACUACUACUACACUCUCCGGUCUGGGAAAUACAUUUUCUCAGUGUAAAAGGUUUACUGAUGUUAUCCUCCAGGCACAUGCUGUACGAAAAAGAAUAUUUCCACAUCCCCUGUGCAUCUAUCAGUCAGCCCAAGUUACACUGAUUUAAAUUGGAUGAUGGGGUCAGAAACUACUUCUUAUUGGAGAAACUCAGCAGCAGUGAAUGCAUUAGACCUCACUGAGGUGCAGCUCAAGUUAAGUAAAGUUUAAGCUAUAGUAUCCUGGGGUUUGAAGUGCAAUAAUGAAGUUUCCUCCUCAUUUAUACACACAAGCCAGAUGUUUUUAAGAAGUAAUGACACGUGUAAUAUAAUAUAUUAUGAAUCCACACAGGCACAUUUCCUUUUUGCUCAUCCACCCUCAGCAGACAGGUCAGAGGUCAGGAUCAGCUGGAGGACAGCACAUCUGGAGCUGCUGUGGUUUCAGUGCAGGGUGAAUACUCAAUAGCUAGGUCCUCACACUGCUUCACUAUCUUCACGGUGUCAGCAGUUAUGUAACACCAGUGGACACAAUACAGGUUUUCUGUAAGACAGUUUUGUUAGUGCUUACUUAGAAGCAGUCUUCCGAUUUGGUGGUUUUAAAAAUGACCUAAAAUACCACUGUUGACACUUCUAGAGUCACUCAGAAACUUAAACUUAAACUUUUCUUUGGCCCAAAGACAGAUGCUUGGCACCGAUACAUUACAUAUGAAGAUUGGUGUCAUCCAUCCAUUUAAAUCUAGUCCUAAUAUAUUCAUUUGGCAUGUUGUUUUAAGUGAAUUGUAAAAUGGAUUCUGGCAAAAUAUUUCAAGUCUUGUAUAUUUUGACCUCCUAUAAAGUGAGGAUUUCCAGCCAAAUGAUUAUUUCCCCCACCAUCUCCACUGAUUGAUCAAGUUACCAAUGUGACAAAUUCACUGUCCAUAUAAAGUACUAUACUUCUUUCAAUGAGCCAGUUAAGAGUGUAGGGACAUGAAGAGAAGGCAGAUUAACCAGGUGAAGCUGCUCUCUUUCUCUGCAGGUGGGAAAUAGAGGAAAAGAGCAAAGUUCAAAAGGUCCCCCCGUGUGACCUUUGACCUUUUAAGGUCACAGUUGAUUUCGGGUCAUUCUCUGCAGCUAGAAAUUCAUUAAGCUCAGAAUGCAGACGAGGGCCCAGCUGGAAAACGAAAGGGACCCAUCGCUCGGUUACUGUUAACAAAAGACUAGAUUUCCUCUAUUCACUCAGCAUCUGUCAUUUGGUGGGUAUUUUUAUCCAAAUCACCUUUAAGUGAUAUGAAUGUAUGCAUUUCUUGCAUGGGUGGCCACAGUGGGAAUCCAAUCCUCUCAGGACAUUGCUGCAGUCAUACUUCUAUGGGAAAGCAGGAUGAUCUUUAGAAUAGAUUCCAGACAAUGUGAGAAGGAAAGUGAUAUCACUGAGAAUAAAAUUUCUGGCUUCAAAAACACAAUUGAAGAUUGUACCUAAACCCCAACAAAUCUAGUAUAUAGUCCAUGGACUUAUGUUUUCAAAUCACAGAGAAAUUAGCUUUCUACAAUGAAAAACUCUCUUUGUAGAAUUUAAGACUUUGAAGCAGCUUUUAUAUCCUCAUGUCGGAAAAAGAACAUAUAGCAAAUGCAGUUGUUUUUUUAAACAAAUAACUAAAAUUCAAAUAAUCCAAGUGUGGCUUAGGUUUUUUAAUCCUCUAAAUCCCAUCUACAGUACAGUACAAGGGGUAAAGCAGUCAAGCUAACAUUUCCCCUUUCCUUUUCUAUGUUCCCAAAGUAUAAACCUGUCACUUCUUAAAGUGUUUGCAGCAGUGUGCAGUACUUCAAGUCAGCCCUGGCUUCAAAUAGGUUUUCAAAGAAACCAUAGCAAUAAUGUCACAAUAGCCUAUAUUUUUGAUAGCCGUUAAUUGUAAGCUAUACAGACCAUUUUAUAUUGUCAGGUAGACUGUAAUUAGCAGGUAUUGCAACGCCCACUAAGCUUUUCCCAUCUAUUCAGCAAGCAUGACAAAGUUUCAGCAGAGUCAAGAGUUUUAAAGUUGCACGUGAUCGUCCAUCCACAACAUCAACCAUUGAAAGGGAGCAAACAUUUUGUUUGUUGACUUCAGACCUCAUGCAUGUCCUGUAGAUAAUACGUCUUUUGCAGUUCAUAGAAGGAGACUCAUCUGUGUCCCUCUGGCUUUUUAGGAGUUUUCUUUAUCACCCAGAGUUCAAAGAGACUCAUGCAGAGAGUGUAGGGGAAGCACAGUGUUGUGUCCACGGUGACCAUUACUCAAGUGUAACCGUGGCAGCAGGCUGGCGGCAAGGUAGAUUUUUUUGAAAUUCCAUUUUACAUGUGUAGUUACCACGGUGAUCACUACAAGAAUAAUAGAAUGAGAUGAGUUUCUGGCGUCAUGCCUGCUCUGUCUCUUUUUCUUAAUAACUUUCCAUUUUCUCCCUCUGUCUCUCCCUGUCACACCCCACCGUGUCACAACCACCUUUUUUUUUUUUUUUUGUUGCUGUGGUGACCAGCACUCUUUGUUCUGUCCAUCACCGAGCCCCUUGUUCUACUGUUGAUUAUUACAUCUCGUAAUGUCAGCCACCCAUACUGUUCCUAGUGGUCAGUUGUCAGAACUGCAACAGGUUGCGUGACAUUUGUCAUUUUGUUUUUACAGCUGGCUUUAAACCCAUCAAAUUACUUCAGGGACGCAUCAACUUAACAUUUCUACAUCUGUAUGCGAGAGUGUGACCUAUUUGUCGCCUGCUAACAUGCCCUGCAGACAGUUUCCAGCUCUAAUGUGUUUUGCUAUUUUUCAUCUUUAUUUUCUCUGAUGUUUGCAAACCGUUCUCUGAUCUUGGUAUUGAAACAACGGAGUUGCAUUGGAAAAUGAGAGAUUAAUGAAUUGAAAUCAGCGGGAAAAUGAAGGCAAGGCGAGCUUAUAUUGUAUAUAUUUCUUUUUUAUGCAAAUCAAAGUGCUUAGCAGAAUGGGUAAAAUGCAUUAAAUACGAAAAAAAGAAAAAAAAGGGAUAGAAAAAAGUAAAUGAACAGAAGUGAGUUGAGGAUGCAAGUGCAUCCUCUUCUCCGUUUUCACAGGCAUCAGAAGACAUUUUGCCAGACCGAAUAUCAUGUUACACUGCCAUGGGUGCAGACAUUCAAUGAGAUGUAAUGUAUUCAUUGGUCCCAGUGGGAGUCAGCCCCUUAACUUCAACCCCAUAUCAGAAGCACUUCAAACACAAUCUCCUCCUGAUUGAGCUGCAGCAGGCCCAGCACACACAACAGCUGCACAGCCCCAGUUGUAUUCAGACUGGUAAUAGCACCCCUGCUGCACAAUGGAUUCAGACUUGCAGGAUCCUAUGUAACAGUACAUUUAAAAAGCUCUACCUGUCAGACUACACAAGUGCAUAUACUGAGAUGGAGAUGGAGUGAAAGGAGAAGAGGGAGAAAAAGAGAGAAGAGAAGCGGUCAGUAACCAUGGCAGAACGUUUUUUUUUUCUCACCGAAAUCACCCAGUAACAAAUGUGUAUUUGUUAAUGGUGCAGGAUGUAAAGCAGACGUUGAUGAGCUUUCAGACCUGGUUGUCCAUUAUGCUGCUCUGACGAUUCCCUUUUGUGUGAGCAUCGAGAUAAGAGAGCAGACAAGUACCGUCAGCAGCUCACAGUGAAUAAUAAGAGCUGCACACGCUCACUGAAUUCAAAUCAGGCUGGUCUGCUGUAUGUACUUAAAACACACUAUAUCCAUUUUUUGCAAAUAAUUAAUUUUUUGGAAUUUUAAGGCAAAAAUGUGUUUUUUGUGUAUUUUUGCCCCAUCUAUCACUUGUCUUGAUUCAAAAGUGAUGGAUGAAAGUCUAUAAGUGAAUUUAAGGAGGAAUCCUUUCCCCUAGAUUUCAUUUUUAUUCAUCUGUCCUAAAGGUGUGUAACCCCUGACCCUUUGUACUGCUAGCCUCCCCUAUGCAUGCCAAUAUUGUUUUCUACUGGCAUCUAUACUUAUACAAGCAUGAAUUGUAUGCAGGUUUGCCAUACUGUGAGAUAGCCAUGUACAGAUGCAUUGCUCUGUUGAUGUUAUAAUCCACAAGACUGUUAAUAUCUUCUAUUCAGGACAGAUGUUUUAUGUUAUGUAAGGGAUAGAAAAUAACAAAGGCAGGGAAACCGCUGAGUCUGUUUGGUCUACAGCUUUUCUGACAAAGCGAAAUUCAAUUGGCCGGCCAGUUUGUGAAUGGGGCUGUUGUUGUUUUUUUCUUUCUUAGAAAAGAUAUUGAAAAAGAUAUAUGGUGGAGGACUAAGGUGCACAGGCCAGUCUUUCUGUCAUAUGAGAUUAAAGUGCACUGGAAAGAUUCAGUGCACAGUUUGUGUGAAUGAAGUCGAGCAUCAGGGCUCAAGUAGACAGCAAGAAUUGAAGAGGUCUUCUCCAAAAUGCUUUAAAUGCAUAAAAAAAAUAGGUUCUAUCUUAAGUUCAUCAUCACCAUGUCUGUAAAAUACAGAUCCAGGUUGUCAUCAUUUCCUUCCCUGGGACUUAAGUUAUAUACAGUAAAAAUGUGACAUUGAAAAUGCAGAUAUCAUUUUCAAAUGGUUGACAUUGCAUUUUGGAACAAAACCCUAAUUCAAGUCUUGCUUGUUUUAUCAACAAUGUUGAUUAAUUUGAUGUAUUUGUAGUGGCCAGACUGCUUGAUUACUGAACAUAAUUGUAAUACACUGUAUAGUAGCAUAGGAUUGUUAACAAUGCUUGAUGAAAAUAUGAAAAUGUAUUUUACAAAUCUUUUAAUUAUCUUGCCGAAUGUAUUUAUAGGAAUUAAUUUUAUGUAUAGGCUACCAUAUAUUGAUUACAUGUCAUGACAAGGCACUUUUUAUACCAUAAACCGGUCAUAUUAUGUACUUUUUACUGUUGAUGCUCAACUACAUGAAGCUCCAUAAUACUUUUUGAGAUGGAAACUGUUUCUGAUAUGAUUUUGCAUAUAGAGUAUUUUACUACUGUGUGUUGAAGUCAGCAUUGUGUUGAAAAACAAACUAAAGCCGUGCAGUUUGUCACAUAACUAUAAAUGUUUAAACCAUCUAAUAAUAGAAUGUUUUUGUUAAGAUCUUAAAAACAGGGUGUUAUUGCUACAGGUUUGGGGAAAUCUUGUACUUCUUUCCCAAAUUUGCCUUUCAGAAACUUAACUCUCACUUUACUGUAAUCUUGAGGUAUCUCCUCUUUAAAAAAUGUAAAAUGAAAUGGACACGAGUGAGAGACUUAAUUUAGCUCUCUGUAUUCAUAAAACCAUCUGUUACAUCUCAGAUCAAGGACAAUUUGGUCAAAUCAUGUUUGAGGACUAAAUUGCAGGUAUCAGAGAUUUUUAUGGGGACGCUAUUUUUAAAUUGUGGUCAAGUGUUGUUUGUGCCUUUAUUACUAUGAUGAUUGUGUAUCUGAGCGUGUGUGUCUGUGUGUUUUGAUAUAAACUUAGGAAAUUUGUGUUUGGUAGAUAAUUUCUCUGUGGUAACAAUGCUUUUUGGCAAUAAAUAUUAUACCUUUG